AUGGACCUAUCGUUCACGCGCAGAGAUUACGUGCACUUUUCCCGAGGACCCUAUGAGGCCGGGGGCCGCGGCGUGCACCGCAGAGAUGGCAGAGCAUCUCCAUCUCCCCUGCCCAGCCCGGCCCAGUCUUGGACCCAUCGUGGGCCCGUGGGCCCGUGGUUCCGCUUCGCGAGAAUCGUCCUGCUUGGACCCCCAGGUUGCAUCCUUGCGCUGCCGCCAACGUAUGCAACUGAGGCACCUGCAGGGGUUGAGGAGGAAAUUAGCUUGACCUAUGCCGUAACCGCCGCAGGACAGGUCCCGUCUUCCAAUACCACAUCCCUCCGGAGCCUUCGCCGCACGCUCCCUGACGACGCCCCUUCCAGAUCUUCUUCCAAGACCACGCCCCUCGUGUUCCCGCCGGGGCCCGACCACGCCUCCAGCCACGCCCCUCCGCGUGGUUUCGGCUGCGAGCCCCCAGCACCUCCCCGCCCCGCCAACCACCCGCACGACCCUGGGCGCCCCCGCCGUGCCCGCCCGGGCCUCAGCCUCCCGGGGCAGGACGCGUGCUCGCUGUCCUCGCAGCUCCUCCGGCCCCCGAGUUUGGGACCCCGGCCCGAGUGCUUGUCCGCUUGGAGGCCCGCGAGCUGCAGCCGCGGCCGGAAGGUGCCGCCCAUCCUGCCGAAGGCUGGCUUGCUCGCCGCCCCGGGCAAACAAAGCUGGGCCUCCCGAGGAGGUGGAAGAAAACCCACUCUUCGGGGACCGAGACGCCGUUCGCACGUGGCCCCCCGCAGCCGCGUCCCUCCGUGUGUCCCGCUGGCUGCGCCGCAGCCUUCGAGCGGCCUGGACCUGAGCUGCGGGGACACUCCGGGGAGCCCCUGCACCCCGGCCUCCCCCACCUGCCCGGCUGCCAUCCUCCGACUUCGGCCUUGUCGUUACCUCGGGCUCAGCUUCUGCUGGGAACUGCGAGAAAGGAUGACCAGGCGGCCCCCAGUUCCCUGGUCAAGCCGAGGCGCGUCGUUCCGGGACGCUCCGGAGGGAAGGGGCGGGGCUGAGCGCUUGGCCAGAUGUCGGGACCAGGAGUUGGGGGGUCAGGUGCGAUAGCAGCCACUGCCCCCCUCCUUCCCAGGCCCACAUUCCGUGGCCCCGUGGGAGAGACAGCGCCACACGGUGACCUCUGAAUGAAAGCCUCCGCUGGACCCAGGA